AUGGUAGAAAAGGAGAGAAUGGACACUACGAUAUCCCAGAAGGUUGUACCACAGCGGCCAUCUGGGACAGCUGCCGAGCGUGCACGACGCAGUCUCAAUGCCAAACUCUCCAAUCCGUUGGCCGGAUUCAGUCAUACUGAAUUACGGAAGCAGGGGCGCACUUUUGCUGAACUUCAUGAGAUGGGCGAUGAGUCUGAUAUCCGAGCUUUUGAGCUGGGUGCUGUGCUGGCACAGUCCCCGGAACGGUAUGAGAAUGUCGCUGGUCUAACAAACCAGGAAAAGGGAGUAUUGCGUCGGGAGUUCACACAUCGCUGGUCACAACCUUGGAAGAUGUAUGCUGUCAUUACACUGUGUUCCUUAUCCGCUGCAGUGCAGGGUAUGGACCAAACGGUCGUCAACGGGGCCCAAAUAUUCUAUAAAUACCAACUCGGCAUCGGCAAUGAAUCCUCUCGGAAUGCCUGGCUCGUCGGUCUAAUAAAUUCAGCGCCAUACCUCUGCUGCGCCUUCAUCAGCUCCUGUCUCUGGCAAGGAUUUGUCUCAACAUGGUGGGCGAUGUUUGUUGCACGAUUCAUGCUAGGGUUCGGCAUCGGCCCCAAAUCAGCGACUGUUCCGAUGUACGCAGCCGAAACGGCACCGCCAUCUAUCCGUGGUGCACUGGUCAUGCAAUGGCAUGUGUGGACGGCGUUUGGGAUUAUGGUCGGCUAUGCGGCCGACCUCAUCUUCUACAAUGUCGACUCGACUGCCAUCGUCGGCCUGAAUUGGCGCUGUAUGAUGGCUUCGGCGAUGUUCCCGGCUCUCGUCGUCUGCUGUUUUGUCUUUGUUUGUCCCGAGUCGCCGCAUUGGUACAUGCGACAGAAACAGUAUUACCGUGCUUACAGGUCUAUCUGUGAGCUGCGACAUCAUAAAAUACAGGCAGCCCGUGACCUGUAUUAUAUGCAUACCCUGCUGGAGGCUGAGGAUAACAUGAAGCUUGGACGAAACAAGAUGCUGGAAAUGAUUAAAGUUCCGCGAAACCGGCGAGCGAUGUUGGCGUCUCAGAUUGUUAUGUUUAUGCAACAGUUCUCCGGCGUGAACGUAAUUUCAUACUAUUCAUCCGAGAUAUUUCUCGAGGCCAAAUUCUCUCCCCCAGCUGCUCUAGCCGCCUCGUUAGGCUGGGGCCUAAUCAACUGGGUCUUAUCAAUCCCCGCAGUCUAUACAAUCGACACAUUUGGCCGACGCAAUCUCCUGUUACUCACCUUCCCACUCAUGGUCAUGGCAAUGUUAUUCACAGGCUUCAGCUUCUGGAUCCCGGAGAGCAGUCACAAUGCACGCCUAGCCUGCAUUGCUUUAGGAACAUAUCUUUUCGGUGCGGUCUACUCACCCGGCGCAGGACCGGUGCCAGUCACAUACACAGCCGAAGUGUACCCUCUAUACGUACGGUCAUACGGAAUGGCGCUAGGCACGGCAACGAUGUGGUUUUGUAAUUUCUUGCUGGGCGUGACGUGGCCGUCUCUGCGCGCCGCAUUUACAAUACAGGGUGCAUUUUCUUGGCAUGCAGGUUGGAGUUUUGUUGGAUGGUGGUUGGUACUCUUAUUUAUGCCUGAGACGAAGGGGAAGACACUUGAGGAGUUGGAUCAGGUCUUUUCAGUGUCGACUAGGUUCCAUGUGCGGUAUGGAUUGAGACAAAUUGGGUAUUUCAUUAAACGAUAUGUGUUGAGAAGGGAUGUUAGACCGGAGGUUCUUUAUGAGAGGGAGGAAUUGGUUAAGGCUCAGGAUGUGGGAUUUAAUGCGUGA